CCCAGCUCCAACAACCAGCAACAAACAACAAACCUCCACCGAAAGAGUCCAUCAUGAAAUUCCUCGCGCUCCUACCGUUUCUGUCAGCCAUCGUCUCGGCCUUAGAUGUUCAGGGCACCUUUGCACCAUCUCCUCUCCUACCCAAUCCGUCCACCCUUCCGCCCUCAACCUCGCUCACACUCACCACCACCGGAACUACAAAGCGAACCCUAAUACGGCGUGAUAAUACCUUCAGCUUUCGUGAUGUGCCCGAGGGGUCAUAUCUGCUCGAUGUGCAAUGCCAGACUCAUCAGUUUGCGCCUUUACGGGUAGACGUCAACGGGCAAGGGGAAGUGGUCGUGCACCAGACUUUCCGCGGCAAUGAAUGGAGGAAUAAGGGAGAAAGGAAGAGUUAUCCCAUAGAAAUCCAACCAGUUCGUCCUAUUGACUACUACGUCGUUCGUGAAAGCUUCAAUCCUACCAAGCUCCUCGGAUCACCAAUGGUUCUCAUCGCCCUCUUCACUCUAGUCAUGAUCGUCAUGUUGCCCAAACUCAUGGACCAAAUGGACCCAGAAUUCAAGGCGGAGCUAGAAGCACAGCAGCGCAAAGGCGGCGUAAACCCUGCAGUAAACUUCGACGUCGCAUCCUUCCUUGCCGGAACCUCCUCGCCAGCUACCGGCGUCGCUGCAUCUGGCGGGAAAGGAAAGAAAAAUUAGAUGAGCCUGCCUCAUUGUCUUUUCUCACAUCUUUUUUUUCUCCCUCCUUUAAUUGUACACGGUUAAAUGUUUAGACAUCUGGGAUCUGGAUUGGCGGACUAGACUGGAGG